GGCGAUGGCGGAGCCGGAGGGCCUGGAGACGGCGUCCGAGCACGAGCGCAUCCUGCGCGAGGUCGACAGCACCGACACGGCCUGCAUCGGGCCCACCCUCCGGUCUGUCUAUGAUGGCGAGGAGCAUGGGCGCUUCAUGGAGAAGCUUGACGCACGCAUCCGGAAUCAUGACCGGGAGAUUGAGAAGAUGUGCAACUUUCACUACCAGGGCUUUGUGGACGCCAUCACAGAGUUCUUGAAAGUCCGGGCUGAAGCGCAGAAGCUCAAGAACCAAGUGACGGAUACGAACAGAAAACUGCAGAUGGAAAGCAAGAAGCUGGUGGGAGCAAUGGAAGAGCUGAAACUGUGUCGCCUCCAGCAGCGGAAUAUUUCUGCGACUGUGGAUAAGCUCACGCAGUGUCUUCCCGUUCUGGAGAUGGAUAGCAAACUGAGAGAGCAAAUGAAAUCUAAAAGGCACUAUCCUGCCCUGAAGACGCUGGAGCACCUUGAGCAUACCUACCUGCCGCAGGUGAGCCAUUAUCGCUUCUGCAAGGUCAUGGUGGACAGCAUCCCAAGUCUGCGCGAGCAAAUCAAGGAAGUGUCCAUGUCUGACCUGAAAGACUUUCUGGAGAGCAUCCGCAAGCACUCCGACAAGAUUGGCGAGACGGCCAUGAGACAGGCCCAGCAGCAAAGGAACUUGGACCACUUCGUGUCUCAGCCCUCCAAGACAGGCGGCGGGAGGCUCAAGAGAGACGCUGGUGCGAGCUCAGACCUGGAGGGCCAAAGCAGCAGCCCCAUGUCUGAGCGGGAUUCCGGGAUCCUGGACGUGGAAGAGGAGGAGGAGGCAAGUGAGGUGCCAGGAGCCCAGGAGCUGGUGGAUUUCUCGCCUGUCUACCGUUGCCUACACAUCUACUCAGUACUGGGGGCCCGGGAAACCUUUGAGAGCUACUACCGGAAGCAAAGGCGGAAGCAGGCCCGACUGGUGCUGCAGCCCCCCUCCAACAUGCAUGAAACGCGGGAUGGCUACCGGAAGUAUUUUAAUCAGAUUGUGGGCUUCUUUGUCAUCGAGGACCACGUCCUGCACACCACGCCGGGCUUGGUGGACAGAGCCUACCUUGAGGAGCUGUGGGAUCUGGCGCUCUCAAAAACCAUCGCUGCCCUGCGGACUCAUUCAUCCUACUGCUCUGACCCCGACCUGGUCCUGGACCUGAAGAACCUCAUUGUUCUUUUUGCUGAUACGCUGCAGGGCUACGGCUUUCCUGUCCACCAGCUCUUCGACUUGCUGCUGGAAAUCCAGGACCAGUACAGCGAGACUCUGCUGAAGAAGUGGGCAGGAGUCUUCAGAAAUAUACUUGAUUCAGAUAAUUACAGUCCCAUCCCAGUGGUCUCUGAAGAGCUGUAUCAGAAGAUGGUGGGGCAAUUUCCAUUCCAUGAUGCAGCGCUUGAGAAGCAACCGUUCCCAAAGAAGUUCCCCUUUUCUGAGUUUGUGCCUAGAGUUUACGUCCAGAUUAAAGAAUUCAUCUACGCUUGCCUAAAGUUCUCUGAAGACCUUCAUCUCAGCUCUACAGAGGUUGAUGAUAUGAUCCGUAAAUCUACGAAUUUGCUGCUGACUCGAACACUGAGCAAUUGUUUGCAGAACAUCAUUAAGAGGAGGAAUGUUGGCCUGACGGAGCUGGUCCAGAUUAUAAUCAACACAACGCACUUGGAGAAAUCCUGCCAGUUCCUGGAGGAAUUCAUAACCAACAUCACCAAUGUCCUCCCAGAAACCGUCCACACAACUAAGUUAUACGGAACCACAACCUUCAAGGACGCGCGCCACGCUGCGGAGGAAGAGAUCUACACCAACUUGAACCAGAAGAUAGACCAGUUCUUGCAGCUCGCGGACUAUGACUGGAUGGCCGCUGAGCCCGGUGCCGAGGCUAGCGACUACCUGGUGGACCUCAUUGCCUUCCUGCGGAGCACCUUCACUGUCUUCACACACCUGCCUGGCAAGGUGGCCCAGACGGCCUGCAUGUCCGCCUGCAAGCACUUGUCCACCUCCCUGAUGCAGCUGCUCUUGGAAGCGGAGGUGCGGCAGCUCUCCCUGGGGGCCUUGCGGCAGUUCAACCUGGACGUCGAAGAGUGCGAGCAGUUUGCCAGAUCCGGCCCAGUGCCCGGGUUCCAAGGGGACACGCUGCAGUUGGCCUUCAUCGACUUGAGACAACUCUUAGAUUUGUUUCUCCAGUGGGACUGGUCCACGUAUUUGGCCGAUUACGGACAGCCAACCUGCAAAUACCUUCGUGUGAACCCAGCGACGGCGCUGGUCUUGCUGGAGAAGAUGAAGGACAGCAGCCGCAAGAACAACGUCUUCGCCCAGUUCCGGAAGAAUGAGCGGGACAAGCAGAAGCUGCUGGAGGGGGUGGCCAAGCAGCUGCGCAGCCUCGUCAGCGGCCACCACUCCUGAGGGGGGCGGG